AUGCGACUCUUCAUCGCAAUUUUGGUGAGCUUCGUUGCGCUUCAGGCUGCUAUCCUCGCUCCGGCCGUCGUUGCGCUCCCAUCCUCGAUCUUUGAGCCGCGCGCAGACUGGCACGACCCGCACAACGAUGCAGAACUCGUGCAGAAGGCUCGCGAGCAGCUCAAACUGGCCACUGGACCAGUGCAUUCACCCAAGCAUGCGCCCACGACGUAUCUGCAACAGCUACAAGCUGAUUACGUUUCCCAGAUCACUGGUCCCGAGUCUACGAGCCCCGAGCACUCCCGGACGGUGCUGUACAGCGAAGCUUUGAUCUCGCUUAAUUCCACCCUUUUGGGAUUUGUCGACAUUUUAGGCAGUCUCGAUCGCUAUUUCAGCCACAGCGACGCCGAGGAGAUCAUGGCAGACUUUUACCCUGAAGUGUACACAUCCUAUGCUGCGGCGCUCACCACACCUGAAAUAAAGAAGCAGGUCGCCGAGAAGAAUGUUGGCCUUCAGCUGCAAAGCGGAACGGCGGUGCUCUGGCAAGCGUGGGACCAUGCCUUCUUGGCUUUGCGUGACAAGACGUGA